ACUACUACUCUUCAAUGUUAUUUUAGUAGUUUUACUAGAUCUACUCCUUAGAUCUUGAAUCUGGAUGAAGUUCUAGUCUACAACUUGAAUCAAGAUCCUAACCACCUGAUUUUCCCCUAGCUCUUCUUAAUCUAUAGGCCUACUGUGAUACUCUAGAUUUAGAUCUAGAGGGAACCUAGAUCUAUCGGAUGGCGGCUCUCGUCGGAAGAAGAGUGGCACUGCAAAAAACCUUGCAAAAAAUUAUCACAGUGGUACUGAAGCAAGGACAAAGUUUUUCUGCGGGCCUUCCCAAACAGCUUGUGUGCUGCCAAUAUCACUGUCGUCAUGGAACUCUACUCUCAUCACUGCAGUCUCUUAGUUUUAAAAGGGACUUUCAAACAACAAAAGCACGAGCUGUUGUUGUACCAUAUAAACUGUCUGAUAUAGGAGAGGGAAUUCGAGAAGUUGUCGUUUUAGAGUGGUUUGUCAAGCCAGGGGACACUGUGAAACAGUUUGACAGCAUCUGUGAAGUGAAAAGUGACAAGGCUUCUGUGACCAUCACAAGCCGCUAUGAUGGUGUUGUACGCAGACUGUACCACGAGGUGGAUGCUAUAGCCCUAGUUGGACAGCCAUUGGUUGAUAUAGAGAUUGAAGGGGCUCAAGAGUUUACAAAACCAGAGGAGGAUGUAACAGAAUCAGAUUCUUCAAAAGCUUUGGAUGGCGUCAAGUCUCUGGCUACACCAGCAGUCAGAAGGCUUGCUAUGGAGAACAGUAUAAAACUAGCUGAUGUAAAAGGCACAGGGAAAGAUGGCAGAGUUUUGAAGGAGGAUGUUCUCAGGUUUCUGGAGGGAAAACAAGCUCCUGUAGCUCCCACUCUGUGUGUCACUCCUCCACCUGCUCCACCUGCUCCACCUGCUCCAGCAGCGGCUCCAGCACAAGUCCAGACAGCAGACAGCCCAGCUCCACCAAAGCCUAGAACUGCCCCAGGACCACUGACUGUCAAGACUCCCCCAGCCACGGGCCCUGUUGUGGGUCAGGACAAGACCGUCCCUCUAAAAGGUGUGACCAAGGCCAUGGUGAAGAUAAUGAGUGAAGCCCUGAAGAUCCCACAGUUUGGGUACUAUGAUGACGUUGAUGUCAGCCAGUUGGUUGCUCUCAGGAAAAGAUUAAAAGCCAUGGCAGAGCAGCGAGGCAUUCAGCUCACAUACAUGCCCAUAUUUAUCAAGGCUGCGUCGCUGUCGCUGCUGCAGUACCCUGUACUCAACUCCUCCCUGGAUGCUGCCUGUGAAAACAUCAUCUACAAGGGCUCCCACAACAUUGGAGUUGCCAUGGAUACACCUGAAGGCCUGCUUGUACCCAGCAUUAAAAACGUUCAGGCUCUCUCCAUCUUUGACAUAGCUGUUGAACUGAACCGCCUGCAAAACUUGGGCUUGGCUGGUAAACUUGGCACAGCAGAGCUGUCAGGAACAACAUUCAGUUUAUCUAACAUUGGAAGUAUUGGUGGUACCUACGCCAGGCCUGUGAUUCUCCCACCUAAUGUUGCUAUUGGCGCCAUUGGCAAAAUUCAGGUGCUGCCACGUUUUGAUGAAGAGGGCCAGUUGAAGAAAGUUCACGUGCUGAAUGUCAGCUGGAGCGCAGACCAUCGUGUGAUAGAUGGCGCCACUAUAGCCAGGUUCUCCAACCUAUGGAAGUCCUACCUGGAGGACCCCACCACUUUUCUGCUCAGUUUGAAAUAAAAGCUGAGUGGGAGUGGACCAUUGGGGGGGUGGGGAGGCUCACUGACACCACCCAGCCACCCAUUGGUCACUUUAUCUAACCAGAGAUUUUCUCAGCUUGAUAGAUAUUACACAGUCUGGCAACAUUUUCUC